CUAUUCGAUUUCUUUCUUAAUUUCUCUCCUUCCAAACAUAGCACAUUCAGAGAGAGAGAGAGAGAGAGAGAGAGAGAGAGAGAUCGCGAAGAGUUCAGCCUUAUCCAAUUUAGGGUUCAAUCCUUAACCCAGUCCGAGACUUGUCGAAACCCUAAACUAGGAUCAGGUCUGAGCAAUCUGGUUGGUAGGAGCUUCAGUUUCGGAGAGUUAAUUUUCAUGUCUGAAUUAGACGCACAGGUUCCUACUACCUACGAUCCUUUUGCUGAGGCAAAUGCUGAGGACUCGGGUGCUGGGUCAAAGGAGUAUGUGCAUAUUCGUAUACAGCAGAGGAAUGGUAGAAAAAGCUUGACAACUGUCCAGGGGUUGAAGAAAGAAUUCAGCUAUAACAAGAUACUUAAAGACCUUAAGAAGGAGUUCUGUUGCAAUGGUACAGUUGUUCAGGACCCAGAACUAGGACAGGUUAUUCAACUUCAAGGCGAUCAGAGGAAGAAUGUAUCUACCUUCCUAGUUCAGGCUGGUAUUGUGAAGAAGGAGCAUAUUAAGAUUCAUGGUUUCUGAGCAUCUGGAAAUUUGAGUGUCAAGUCUAUCUGGCUCACUUCGAGUUGGGCAUAUAUGUGAUUGUGGUAUUUUUUGUUCUAGUUUUUUAAUAUCUGUUAUGUGGGAUUAUGGAAUUUAUGACAUUAUGUGCUAUUUACUUUAGUAACAUGUAUGAAAGCAGUUUGAUAAGAGUUCUAUACAACCUCAUUUUACAUAUCAGAUACUUGGAUGCGUUAAUCUUUAC